AUGGACUUGGAAAACCACGGCCCGAUCAAACCGAUCCAAUCGGUCGACCAGAGCGUCCAAGAUGCUCACGACCUCGCGGCCAUGGGCCAUGACCAGGCCAUGAGUCGCAAAUUCGACAUGUGGAGCAUGCUCUCGCUCGCUUUUUGUGUCCUAGGAACCUAUUCAACUUUUGCUCAGGAUCUCGACAGUGGCCUCACCAAUGGCGGUCCGGUGACCAUUCUCUGGGGUCUGGUGCUGGUUACUGUAUGUAACCUGUGUGUGGCCGUUUCCCUGGGGGAGCUGACCAGCAGCAUGCCGACCGCGCUCGGCCAGGCGUAUUGGGUGUUCCGGCUGUGGGACACCCCGCUCGGUCGGUUUGCCUCGUACAUGUGUGCGUGGAUCAACACCUUCGGAUGGUGGACCUUGACCGCCUCCCAAGUCGCCUUCAUGGCUGAGUUCCUGCUGGGGAUGAAGUUUGUCGUCUACAUCGGCGUGGUCUUCGUGUUGACAGUCAUCAACCUGGUCGGCUGUCGGAGAGAGAAGAUUCUUCCCUGGCUGAACAACUUUGUCGGGAUCUGGUUCACCGCCCUGUUCGUCGUGCUGUCCCUGGCUCUUCUCAUCUCGGUCGGGGUGAAGAAGGGACUCACCUUCCAGCCUGCUUCCUUCGUUUUCGGGGAGUGGAUGAACGAGACCGGCUGGGAGAACGGCGUCGUGUGGUUCACCGGCUUGGUCCAGGCUGCGUACGGUCUGACAGCCUUCGACGCGGUCAUCCACAUGGUCGAGGAAAUCCCCGCGCCGCGUCGCAACGCCCCCAAGGUCAUCUGGAUGUCUGUCCUCAUGGGUGCCAUCACCGGUUUCAUCUUCAUGGUGGUCUGCUUGUUCUGCAUCCAGGACGUCAACGAGGUCAUCAACUCGCCGACCGGGCUGCCGUUUAUGGAGCUGAUGGUGGAGACUGUCGGCCUGGAAGGGGGAGCCGUCCUCAUCGCACUGUUCAUUUUCAAUGGUCUCGGACAGGGGAUCAGUAUCUUGACCACCGCGUCGCGGCUGACGUGGGGUUUCGCGCGCGAUGGCGGCCUGCCGUGGAGCGGAUACUUCAUGCACAUCGACCCGGUGUGGAAGGUUCCCGCGCGGGCGCUGUGGUUCCAAGGCGUGCUGAUCGGGCUCGUGGGAAUCCUGUACCUGUUCGCCAACACCGUCCUCGAGGCGAUCCUCAGCGUCAGCACCAUCGCAUUGACCAUCUCGUACGGCCUUCCGAUUGCCGCCCUGCUGGUGGUGGGACGCGACAAGCUGCCCCCGGGGCAUUUCCACCUCGGACGGUGGGGGGCGCUUAUCAACUGGAUCAGCGUCAUCUACUGCCUCAUCACGACCGUGUUUUUCCUCUUCCCCUCGUCCCCGAACCCAUCGCCCAGCGACAUGAACUAUGCGAUCGCCGUGUUUGGGGUAAUGCUCGUGGUGGCGGUGGCGUUCUGGUUCAUCCAAGGCAGCAGCACGUACCUGAAGACGGAGGACGCCAUCAACCAGAUGAUCCAAGCCCAGCGGUUUGAGGUUGAGACGGCGGAGCAGUCGGACGAGAAGAAGGAAUAG